UCCACUGUGAGACAAAAGCAACCAGGCUGCCACUGGAGAGCUUGAAGGUUGUACAGUAAGUCAUUUCGCGUUGCUGGAAGAAUGUUUUAGGUGGGUCAACACUUUUAAAUUCUCAAGCCAUCAACAGGCAAUGUGUUGAAGAUGGAUCUUAGUUUGGAUGUCUGAUUUUACUGGCGAGAAUGAAUACUGUCAUUUUUAUUUUUCAUCUAGUCAUCAUAGCAGGCACUGCCUGGGGCUCCUUGGAAGAAACACGCCUGUUUAAAACUCUUUUCACUGGUUACAAUAAGGUUGUCCGACCUGUCAGUCAUUUCAAGGACAAAGUGAAUGUCACUGUGGGUCUUCAGCUCAUCCAGCUAAUCAGUGUGGAUGAGGUCAACCAGAUUGUCACCAGCAAUGUGCGACUGAAACAGAAAUGGAAAGAUGUGAACUUGCAGUGGAACCCAGAGGAUUACGGUGGAAUCAAAAAGAUCAGAGUUCCUUCCAGAGACAUUUGGCGUCCUGAUCUGGUUCUUUACAACAAUGCUGACGGUGACUUUGCCAUUGUUCAUGAGACCAAAGUGUUGCUGGAGCACACUGGAAUGAUCACAUGGAACCCACCCGCCAUCUUCAAGAGCUACUGUGAAAUUAUUGUGCUGCAUUUCCCCUUUGACCUCCAGAACUGCAGCAUGAAGCUGGGUACCUGGACCUAUGAUGGAAACUUGGUUGUCAUCGAUCCCGAAGGUGAUCGCCCAGAUCUGAGUAACUUUAUGGAAAGUGGAGAAUGGGUGAUGAAGGAUUUCCGUGGCUGGAAGCACUCGGUACCCUACACCUGCUGCCCAGACACCCCCUACCUAGACAUCACCUACCAUUUCCUCAUGUUGCGGCUUCCCCUGUACUUCAUCGUUAACGUUAUCAUCCCAUGCAUGCUCUUUUCCUUUCUGACUGGCCUUGUCUUCUAUCUUCCCACGGACUCUGGUGAGAAGAUGACUCUCAGCAUCUCUGUCCUGCUGUCUCUGACUGUGUUCCUGCUGGUGAUUGUCGAGCUGAUCCCGUCUACCUCCAGCGCUGUACCACUCAUUGGGAAGUACAUGCUCUUCACCAUGGUGUUUGUCAUUGCAUCCAUCAUCAUCACCGUCAUUGUUAUCAACACCCACCACCGCUCCCCGAGCAUGCAUACAAUGCCAGAGUGGGUCCGCAAGGUUUUUAUUGAAACCAUUCCCAACAUCAUGUUCUUCUCAACAAUGAAAUGCCCGGGGAAGGAAAAGAAGUUUAAAAACAGCUAUGGUGCUGAUUUUGAUAUCUCAGAUAUCUCUGGAAACCAGGUCUCUUCUGUUCCCUACUACUCACCCAUCACUAAGAAUCCUGAUGUGCUCAGUGCCAUUGAAGGGGUCAAAUACAUCGCAGAAACCAUGAAAUCAGAAGAGGAAUCCAACAGUGCUGCUGAGGAGUGGAAGUUUGUGGCCAUGGUGUUGGAUCACAUUCUGCUUUGUGUCUUUAUGGCUGUGUGUCUAAUUGGCACAUUGGGGGUGUUCGCAGGCCGCCUCAUUGAGCUGAGUAUGCUUUAAAGACUCACGCUUUGUGUUCUACCAGUUUGACUUCUCAGGUGAUCAGUUUCGCCUUAGUUUUUUGAAGCUACUCUACAGCUUAUUCUGCCUGUCUGUGGUUGUUUGUUUUUAGAGUGUGAACAAUUGUAUUCUGUAAGAACAUGUCAU